CCCCCCCCCCAGCAGUUUGAACUCGGGGUUUUCUUCCCUCCUUCCUCCCUGUUUAGAGCCCCUCAGGGUGGAUCUGGGCACAUUCAGGUCCCACUGAAGCACGUGGUGUUUUUAUCUCUGUCUGAAAUCACCGUUUGUCCCAAUCCCCGCUGAUGUUCCCGGGGGUGCUGGGAAGGCGCUCGAUGCAAACCCCACCUUUCUCUAGGUGGCCAAGCACUGAAUUUGGGUGCAUUCCUCACCAGCACCUGCCUUCCCUGGCAGGGAGUUGGUUCUCCAAGCCCAGCUCUCCUGGAUAAAGACUCAAACGGAGCCCUCUGUUCCCUGUCCCCCCUCUCCUGUAAUUGUCCAGGAGCUGCUGAUGGGUGAGCUCUGAUCCCCAUCCCCUCCUGAAGGAACAGGGGGGGCCCCCCCAGCUGAAAUUGGGCAGGGUAGGGGGGGCAAGAGGGCUGUACCAACGGGGGCAUCGCUCCCACGGGCCAAAACAACCUACACACUGUGUCUGCCAAGGUGUUUUACAUGGAAAGGGGCCCGAAGCUGAACUUCAUGGAAACAUUUGCAGCUCUGUAAAACGACCAGCAGUGUGAGCCUCCACCCCCAGGCUGGGUGAGUUAGAGGCUCUCAAAGGCCAGGCAGGUGUGUGUGCACAGGGGGAAGUGCAGGGGUGUGUCACGGAGAAGGAAUGUCCCGUGAUUGCUUUAUCAAAGUCCAUUUCUUCUCCCCUGCUGAACGGCUUUUGUCCAGCACUCUUGACUUUCCAUGUGCUUUCCCGUACAGAGUGGGAUCCAGGCUGCAAUGCCCCAAAAGCAGUGGGUUCUCAUGGAUUUUGCUGGGCUCUGCUGGGUCCCUGAGUCUCGCAGCAGAGGCUUGGUCAGGUGGAACCUGCUGAUUCACGGGGCAGGGACUUGCUGCAGGUAAAGGACAGGCCCCUCCUGCCCUGGCUGGAGACACAGACCUUGGAGACACAGGCCUUGGACCUCUUGACUUGCUGCACCAUUGAGAAAAAACCUGACCUGAUGCAUUUUUCCAAUUGUUUGUUCCCACCCUGGUGGAUCAAUUAAUCCUUUUCGUAAACAGGAGGUUUCGCUGACGACAAUAAAAAUCCUUUGGGUUUGGGUGACUCAUGCUCAAACAGCUCAACCCUUCUCAAGGUGGUUUGAACCAGGUGGAAGGUAGGAAGCAGGAGUAUUACUUGGCUUAAUAUCAAACUAUUCAGUCUUAUUUAUUUGGGGGUUUUUAUUUUAGCAGCCAGAGGAGGGGCAGAACGCUCCUGUGAGCCUGGGGUUUGAGCUCUUCUGGUCAGGAGCCACAAGCUGAAUCAAGAUGACGACGGCCACACCACUGAGCAACAACACUCAGCUCUCAGGGAACGUGACCACAAAGUCUCAAGAACAAAGUCUCUAUCAAAGUUCUGGAGCAAUAGUUGCUGCCAUCGUGGUAGGAGUGAUCAUCAUUUUUACAGUGGUUCUGCUCAUCUUGAAAACAUACAACAGGCGCAUGCGGGCGAAGCGGGAGCUGGAACCCAAACCCUCCAAGGCAGCGAUGCCACCUCCUCUGGGGCACAACAGCCACGGGCUGUGCCAGCCUCCCACAGUGACCUUCAUCCCUGUGGACAUCCACCUGCACGACAGGUAACCGGGAACACUCGUCCUCCCCGGCAGCAAGAGGUGGAACUGUCGCUGCUCACACGGACCUGGGACUCCUCAGCAAAGCUUUCGGGACAGCAACAGGCUGUUGCUUUGCCUGUGGAUUGUAAUUAAUCCCCAUUUCUCUCUCUGGGAGGAAAAAUAAGAGGUCUGGACACUCUUCCUGUGGCUGAAAUCAGCUGGUGGAGGCACAGGACUCAUCAGAGCCCUGGGUGUGGGGAGAGUGGAUAAAGUGAGAAGGCGCCAGCUCAGAUUUUGUGGAGCUUUUGCUCGCUCAGAGUUUGAACUUUCUCUGUUCUGCUGAUAAAGAGGAAGAAAAAUCUGGACGUGCCACAGCUCAGGCUGGAGCUGGGUUUGUUGUGAAUUACAUGGCACAGGUUUGUGGUGUGUUUUACACACGAUGGAUGGCACAGGAAGCAUCACAAUUGUAUUUAUUGUUACUCACCUGUCGUGUUUCUAAGGCCACGUGUGUAAGGGUUGAGAUAAAACUGUACUUUUUAUGUUAAAGUAUUUUUAAACUGUUUCUAUAAACCAUGUAACUCUCCAUUUCCAAAGGAGCUUGGGUGUCUGAGGGUUUUCACUCUUGAGAAUCGCUUCGGGUCCAGGGCUGGAGCUGCCUGAGAAUGUUUUGUCUUGCACAAAAUGUGAGUUCUUUAACUGGAAAAAUAAGCCUGGAAAUAGAAGGAAUAAUCCUGUAUAAAGCAAGCGAGGCUUUGCAGAGCCCCAGUGUGCCACUCCCCCCCUGCAAGGCUUUGUUCUCUGGUGCAGACCGGGCUCCAACUAUUUUUAGAAAUGUUUUUAUCCUAGAAAGGAACUGAGAAAAACGAUGUUGUUUUGUGAGUGUGAUGGUUGUGGGUGUACAGCAAUGCCACAAAGGAAUUCCCAGGGAGAUUCACAGCCCACUGAGUGGGAACACAGAGCAGCAUUGUCAGUCAGUGGCUGAUUGUCUGAGGGUGUGUCAGAGCAGCCCCCAACGGGCUGACAGAGACAGGAAGGAUUUUAGGAAGGAGCUGAGGAGUUAAACCUCGUCUUAAAGGGAAGGACAUGAGGCUCUGGGAACAGCUCCACUCCCUGACACACAGAGCUUAAAUUUUAUGGAAUCACCCACUGGAAUGGCUGGACAGAGGGGGAAGUUACUGUUGUCUGACUGAACUGAUCAGAGAAUCUCCAGCUUUAGAGCUUUUUGCCCUGCAGCUUCUUCCCAGCACGUCACCAACAGGUACAUCCCUGAAUCCCCCCGUCCUCAGGGGAGGGUGGGAGGGACUGGGGGACAACUUCAUCUAUUUUUUAUAUAUUUUUUCCAAGAAGCCACUUCUUAAACAGGUCACUUUUACUAACUGGUGGUUUGUUGGUUUUGGUUUGGUGGGGGGUUUUUGGGAUUUUUUUUUUUGUGCAGAAACUAAAUUCAAUUACUUUGCAAUAUUUUUUUUUUGUCUGAAACUGGAGCAGGGUUUGAAUUCCAAGCUAAAUAUUGAGACAGCUGCUUGUGCAGUUUCUGAAUCUCGCUGUAAAUAUUUUACUUGUCCUAGUUCUCUUAUUUUUUGUGGCAGGGGUGAUUGAUUUAAUCAUUCAGAAGG